CGCUCUUCUUCCGCCUGAUUUGGCUCAUACGUCAUACUCUUCCGUUCAAGAUGGCAGCAGCAAUGGACGUGGAUACACCGAGCGGUACUAAUAGCGCAAGCAAGAAACGAUUUGAAGUAAAGAAGUGGAAUGCUGUGGCGCUCUGGGCCUGGGACAUUGUGGUGGACAACUGUGCUAUCUGUAGGAACCACAUCAUGGAUCUCUGCAUAGAGUGCCAGGCCAACCAAGCUUCUGCAACCUCUGAAGAGUGCACUGUAGCCUGGGGUGUUUGCAAUCAUGCUUUCCACUUCCACUGUAUUUCUCGCUGGCUGAAGACCAGACAGGUGUGUCCUCUGGACAACAGGGAGUGGGAGUUUCAGAAAUAUGGACACUAGCUCGUUUAUCCUUCACCCCUUUGUUGGCUUCUGCAAGCAGCACCCUCACUUUAUCCUUGUUCUGACCCGCUUAUAAAAGCUGUUUCUGCUCAUGUAUUUUGUUCUGGUAUAUUGUAAGUACAGAAAUAAACAGGAAUCUUGUGAAAAAUA